AUGCGCCUCGCCCAUCUCCACAUCCCCAAUCUGAUCCCCUUCGCGCACGCCUCCCACCUUCAACAGAUCCUUGUCUCUCGCCUCCUAACCUACAAAAAGCUUCAUGUCACCUCCCCACAAGCCCCUCCAGACCCAACAAUCCUAACCUUCACCCCUCUCCCUGUCUAUACAACCGGCCGCCGUGACCUACCUUCUUCCACCUCUCCCGCAGGUGCAACAUCAACCAAUCUUCACCAAGCUCUCAAUGCCAAUCUACCCAAACCCCUCCACCCCAUACGCCACCUCCUAACCCCUGCUGCAAGCCUACCCGCCUGUGCAGAAUUCCACCCAACCCUCCGCGGUGGCCAAACUACAUACCACGGCCCCGGCCAGCUAGUUAUAUACACAAUCCUUGAUCUACAGCGACUACGCCUGGGCCCACGACAGCAUAUACAAUUACUAGAGAGGAGUGUCCUGGAUGUUUUAGCCAGUUAUGGGGUACAGGGGGCUGAGCUGAGCCAGAUGAAUCCUGGGGUUUGGGUGUGUACGUCACAACCAAGAUCACCAUCAGGACCCAAGUUGCCGUCCAAAAAGAUUGCCGCAGUAGGCGUACACCUGCGCCGUAAUAUCAGUAGUUAUGGUGUUGGGUUGAAUGUGACAGAGGAGCCAAUGUGGUUUUUCCGCCAAAUUGUUGCAUGCGGAUUGGAGGGAAGAGAGGCAACAAGUAUGGUGGGUUGUGGAGUGAGAUUUGAUGGGAAGACUGGAGAUGUUACUAUGUUGGAGGUUGCAGAGAGAUUUGUGAAUGCAUUUGUCAGUCAGGUUAAUGAGAUUGGGAUGAUGAGGGCUGUUGACAAUUGUGCUCAAGCAGAUGAUGGAGUGCAGAUUGAGGAGGUUUACAAUAUCGAGGAGCGGGAUGUGCUUGAGGCAAUUGUGAAAUAG